GCCGUGCAAGUGGUAGCCCCGUGCAACCCUCCUAAGCAUACUUCUUUUCCAUCAGUUGUGGUGGAACAAGUGAAAGGGGUGCGCUCUCUGCUGAAGUAGUUUCCUAAGUGCCCUGGGGAUUUUUCUGGAUGUCAUAUAAGGGCCGGAAAUGCAAGGAGCUGCCUGCAGCAAGGGUCAGUUUCCCAGACAUUGGGGAGCGUGGAGGCUGGUUGGCUAGAAAUGGGGGGCAAUGGGCUCCACUACCUCAGCCCAAGGGAGUGCUGGUGCUGCCUGCCGAGAGCAGUUCUUUUAUGGCUGGUGGGUCUCACAGUGACUGUUAUCAAAUUCACUCAACGUCAGGUGAUGGUAGCUCUUCUAUGAGGCGUGUGACCAUGAUAAGGGACAAAGGAAGAAGGCAGGCAGUCCGAGGUCCAGCAUUUAUGUUCAAUAACAGAGGUCCAAAUCUUACCCCGGAAGAGGAACGGUUUUUGGAUGCAGCAGAAUAUGGAAACAUCCCUGUAGUAAGAAAAAUGCUGGAGGAAUCAAAGACCUUGAACGUCAACUGUGUUGAUUACAUGGGUCAAAAUGCCCUGCAGCUGGCAGUUGGAAAUGAACAUUUAGAAGUCACUGAACUGUUACUUAAGAAGGACAACUUGGCACGAAUUGGUGAUGCUCUACUGCUUGCAAUCAGCAAAGGCUAUGUGAGGAUAGUAGAAGCUAUCUUAAACCAUCCAGCAUUUGCAGCAAGCAAAAGACUUACCCUUAGCCCAGGUGAACAGGAAUUGCAGGAUGAUGACUUUUACUCCUAUGAUGAAGAUGGCACACGAUUCUCCCCAGACAUAACACCCAUCAUUCUUGCAGCCCAUUGCCAAAAAUAUGAAGUUGUGCACAUGUUGUUGAUAAAAGGUGCAAAGAUAGAAAGGCCUCACGAUUACUUCUGCAAAUGCAGUGACUGCACUGAAAAUCAAAAGCAUGACUCUUUCAGUCACUCGCGGUCAAGGAUAAAUGCUUACAAAGGAUUAGCAAGUCCAGCCUAUCUAUCACUUUCUAGUGAAGAUCCAGUACAUACAGCACUGGAACUCAGCAAUGAGCUGGCAAAGUUGGCCAACAUUGAGAAAGAAUUCAAGAAUGACUAUCGUAAGCUGUCUAUGCAAUGCAAGGAUUUUGUGGUUGGUGUUCUUGAUCUGUGUCGAGAUUCUGAAGAAGUAGAGGCCAUCUUGAAUGGUGAUGUGGAUGCUGAACCAAUAGAAUCUCAGAGAAACAGGCCCUCUUUAAGCAGAGUUAAACUGUCAAUCAAGUAUGAAGUGAAAAAGUUUGUGGCUCAUCCCAAUUGCCAGCAGCAGUUGCUAACUAUCUGGUAUGAAAAUAUUUCUGGAUUACGAGAACAACCCAUCGCCAUCAAGUGUCUAGUUGUACUGGUUGUUGCACUAGGGCUUCCUCUUCUUGCUGUUGGUUACUGGAUCGCACCAUGUAGCCGGCUUGGCAGAAUUCUUCGCAGUCCCUUCAUGAAGUUUGUAGCUCAUGCUGCAUCAUUUAUUAUUUUCCUGUGCCUGUUAGUGUUCAAUGCCUCAGACAGGUUUGAAGGGAUUACGACUCUACCCAACAUCGCGGUCAUUGAAUACCCAAAACAAAUUUUUAGAGUAAAAACGACGAGAUUUACAUGGAUGGAAAUGCUUAUUAUUGUAUGGGUUCUAGGAAUGAUGUGGUCAGAGUGCAAAGAGCUGUGGCUGGAAGGACCCAGGGAAUACAUCCUACAACUAUGGAAUGUGCUGGACUUUGGGAUGCUCUCCAUCUUUAUUGCAGCCUUUACAGCCAGACUUCUAGCCUUCAUGCAAGCCACAAAAGCACAACAAUAUGUGGACAAGAAUAUUCAAGAAAGUGAUCUUUCCUUGGUCACGCUGCCACCUGAAAUAGAGUACUUUACAUACGCUAGAGAUAAAUGGCUUCCGUCCGAUCCGCAGAUCAUAUCAGAAGGUCUUUAUGCCAUAGCAGUUGUUCUUAGCUUCUCACGCAUUGCCUAUAUACUGCCAGCGAAUGAGAGCUUUGGACCCUUGCAGAUAUCACUUGGAAGAACUGUAAAAGACAUUUUCAAAUUCAUGGUUCUGUUUAUUAUGGUGUUCCUUGCAUUCAUGAUUGGGAUGUUUAUCCUGUAUUCUUAUUACCUUGGUGCUAAAGUAAAUUCUGCAUUUACAACAGUCGAAGAAAGUUUUAAAACCCUCUUCUGGUCCAUAUUUGGCCUGUCUGAAGUAACGUCUGUCGUACUGAAGUAUGAUCACAAAUUCAUUGAGAACAUUGGCUAUGUGCUUUAUGGAAUCUACAAUGUAACAAUGGUGGUGGUUCUUCUAAACAUGUUAAUUGCCAUGAUUAACAGCUCAUAUCAAGAAAUAGAGGAUGACAGUGAUGUAGAAUGGAAAUUUGCCCGCUCCAAGCUGUGGUUAUCUUAUUUUGAUGAUGGAAAAACACUGCCUCCACCUUUUAGCAUUGUGCCCAGUCCUAAAUCCUUUGUAUAUUUUAUAAUAAAAAUAAUUAACUUUCUCAAGUGCAGAAGAAGGCGGCUGCAGAAAGAUACUGAAAUAGGAAUGGGAGACUCCAAGUCUAGGUUAAAUCUCUUCUCCCAAUCUACUACAAGGGUUUUUGAGUCUCGCAAUUUUAACAGUAUAAUUAAUCAGCCAACACGCUAUCAGCAAAUAAUGAAAAGACUUAUAAAGAGAUAUGUGUUGAGAGCACAAGUCGACAGAGAAAAUGAUGAAGUAAAUGAAGGUGAAUUGAAGGAGAUAAAGCAAGAUAUCUCCAGCCUUCGCUAUGAGCUCUUAGAAGACAAAUCACAAGCAACGGAAGAGCUGUCCUCUUUGAUUCACAAACUAAGUGAAAAGCUAAAUCCGGGAAUGUUGAGAUGUGAGUGAAUGAUGGAGAACGCUACUUGGAAAAACAGCACAAACAGUGGCAAUAACUAUACUUGAAAAAAAGUAUCUGGUAGAAUUAGCACACAAACCUAUAUGUCUUUUAAAAUAACCAUUUUACAAAUCUAACCUUUUUGUGAUAUGACUUUCAUACAGCUUCAUUUUUGUUGUUGUUGUUGGUGGACAUGAUUAUAAUGUUGAUACAGGGUGUAUAUGUUUUGAAUACGUUUAGACAACACAGGCAAUAUGAUUGUGCCCAGAGCUCAAUGGCUAUUUUGCUUCACUUCCAUUAGUACUAUGUUAAAAUAAUAUGUUUACAAAACUACCUUUCAAGGAAUAUUAGCCACAUUAUUGGUUAUGAUAUAAACAUUCAUGUUGGGCAUUCAAUAAUAUUUUUAGCAGCAGUAUCUUGUCCAAGAAGAACACCUGAGCUUUUGAAAUUUUUGAUUAUGUUAUGAAAUGGUUUCUUAACAAGCAGCCAUGAUAUCACAUUUCCUGUUCACCUUGGUCCUUUAGAACUGUGCUAAAGAUUUUUCUUUCAUUUUUCACCCUGUUUCCAAUAAGUGAGGUGUUAUACUGAACCAGUCUAUUUAUCAUGCUGAAGGUGUGAGAACUGCUAACAUACAAACUCCAAGGAGAUGUACAAUAAAUAUGCAGGUACAGAAGUUCACGGCAUAUUCUUGAGGCGAUGACCAACCUUUAAAGUGAGCCAGAGCUACUACUCUUGUGCACAAUGCUCUGCUGCAAAUCUGUCAUUCCAGAAGUGGAUUUUCCCACAAUGGAGUUGUACAAGCAUUGACGAUGACAGGCUUGAUUGCAGAUGAUUUAAGAAUAACAAUACAGGUAUGGGACCUGUUAUCCAGAAUGCUCGGGGACCUGAGGUUUUCCAGAUAAUGGAUCUUUCUGUAAUUUGGACCUUCAUACCUUAAGUCUACUAGAAAGUCAUGUAAACAUUAAAUAAACCCAAUAGGCUGGUUUUGCCUCCAAUAAAGAUUAAUUAUAUCUUAGUUGGGAUCAACUAGAAUAUACUACUUUAUUAUGACAGAGAAAAAGGAAAUUAUUUUUAAAAAUUUGGAUUAUUUGGAUAACAUGGAGUCUAUGGGAGACAGUCUUUCUGUAAUUCAGAGCUUUAUGGAUAAUGGGUUUCCAGAUAACGAGUCCCAUACCUGCAGUACUGUAUGUAAAUGAAACCAUUACAUUACAUUAAAACAUUAUUACUAUUACAAUUUUAUUUAUUUGUCUGCUGCCCAUCCAAAAUAAACUGUAAAGGCCCAUAUUCCCAGCAUAACUGUUAUCUUAAUAUGUCAUUAAUGUGAAUAAAUUAUUAGCUUUUGUUGUAAUUGUGACAUAUCAAUUAAAAUAAUCUUCCAGUAACUUCAAAGCAAGGGCAUCAUGUGCAUAGGCGGAGGGUGAUUUUUUUGUUUGGGGAGGCUACAUGGCGGAAACAUAUAAAGAGUUGAAUAAAUACUAGCUACUUCAAGAGCCUAUAUGAGACAAACACUAUAUGGCCAUAAGUAUCACAACAGAAUUUAAAAAUGACCUGCCUUCAGUUGGAAAACUCACUGCUGAGUUCCAGACCAUCUCUAAAAACAACUGCAGCAAAAGCACUAGGCGAUUUUUAUUGAUGGACAGCCUUGUAAAAAAACUAAUUUGGCCAGUUGUUGGCUUGAGUGGUGUAAAGGUCUCCACCAACAGAUUCUAAAGUUGUGGAGCCAUGUUCUUUGAAGUGAUGAAUCCCUCUCUCUCAUAUAGCAGUUUGUCAGACAAGUCUAAGUUUGGUAAAUGCCAAGAGAACUUUACCUGCGUGAAUGUGUAAUACCGACUGUAAAGGUUUUGUGAAAGCAAACCUUUACACUAUAGCUUACAGCUAACACUUCCAUGCUUCCUACUUUGAGCCAACAAUUUAGGGAAAGCCCUUUCCUGUUUCAGCACACUAAUGUCUGUCUGUCUGCCAGGUAUGUAUGUCUGUCUGUCUAUUAUACUCUAUAAUAUUUAUACACACUCUGUACAUAUAAUACACAAGUAGCCUCACAUGUACAACUAAAAAGUUGUUUACAUGUACAAAAUAUCAUAAUGCACUUUUAUUUUAUUUUUUUGCUGUUAAUGCAGAAGCCUAAGCUUGUACCUAUUAACUUGUUUUAGAAAUAACUGCUUCCCAGUUCCCCUGCAGUGCUGGCAAGAAAAAGUCUUUGCUUUA